AUGAAUUUUACAUAUUUCAUUUCCAUUGUAGUAAUUACUUUGAAAAAUGUGGACAUUUGUAACUCGUAUGGUCUUAAUUUGCAUAGUAGUUCAGAUGUCAAGAUAUUUUCGUCUGAAUCUGUUUACGUUCCCGCUAUGGCCGGUGUGAUUAGAAGUAAAACGGUCAUUGUCAGAACAGAAAUGGAAAUUAAGGCCAUAAAACUCAAGGACAUAAAUAAUUCUUUAGCGGUUCCCAAAGUUAUUGCUGGAGGACUUGGCUUUCAAUAUGUCCACAUCAACUUGUACAGUGACCGUGGAAGAAGUUUAAGCUAUGUCGUGGAAGUCUACAUC